CUCACAUGACCGCGGCGGGGCCGGGGCCGGGGCCGGGAUGGGGCAGCGCGAUCGCAUGUUCAAGGUGCUGGUGGUGGGGGACGCCACGGUGGGGAAGACGUCGCUGGUGCAGCGCUACGCCAACGACAGCUUCAACCGGCACUACAAGUCCACGGUGGGGGUGGAUUUUGCUCUGAAGGUGGUCCAGUGGUCGGAAUCUGAGACAGUGCGACUUCAGCUCUGGGACAUCGCAGGGCAGGAGCGCUUCACGUCCAUGACCCGGCUGUACUACAGGGAGGCAUCAGCCUGCGUUAUCAUGUUUGAUGUCACCAACAUCAGCACAUUCAGCAACAGCCAGAAGUGGAAGCAGGAUUUGGACAGCAAGCUCAUGCUGCCGGAUGGGAACCCCGUGCCUUGCCUGCUGCUGGCUAACAAAUGCGACCUUUCCCCGUGGGCAGUGACAAGAGAAGAAGUGGAUCGGUUCAGCAAAGAAAAUGGCUUUUCUGGUUGGGUGGAGACAUCUGUCAAGGAGAACAAGAAUAUCAAUGAGUCCAUGAGAGUGCUGAUUGAAAAGAUGAUGUCCUCGUCCACCGGUGAUGGAAGUUCCUCUGCUGCUGGGAGUGGGGAUUAUAUUAAUAUCAAAGAGACAACCCCGCCAGGCUGGGCUUGCUGUUAGAUGCACUGACUCCACCAUCUGCCUUGGGCUUAGCAGCAAUGGCCUUUUGUUAUUACCAUCAUUUUUUCCUAAACUGGCUGUCACUGGUUUUCGGUUGGGUUUUUUUUGUGUGUGUUUGUUGGUUUUUUUUACGCGAUCGUGAACUGUCUUCUGUUUAGUGCAUAUUCGUUCUCAGUAGAGCAUUGCUACAAUGGCUUGGAGUGAGGAGAGGAAAGAAGAGAGGAGUGAGAAGAUUCUUCUUUAUCCUGGUGUAGCAGCAGCUGGAGGCUCUGCUGCUAGUGAUGUAGCGUGGUCCAUGUUCAAGCACAUGGCUUGGAUUAGUUAAUAUUUUUAACAAAUUUUGAGCACUUCGUCUUCUGACAUGUGACGGCCUGUCUCAGGCAGGGCGAAGGAUGUCGAAGGUACAUUUUUAAUAUUGUUGCACCUUUUAUUCCCCACCACCUGCACCCACCAUACAUAGGGGCACCAGUCCCAGGUGUUACAGUGACCUUCAUUUGCUGCACACGGGGUUCCAGUGGUCUCCCUGAGCCUGCGGAUUCCUGGCGUGGGAUUACAGCAAACUCGUACUUCAUACUCUGGAACUACAUACCUCUGCUUACGUGUCCUGGAGAGACCAACACAUCUCAUCUUUGCCACUAACUGUCCUCACGAUGUGAAGCCAGAUAUGGAUGAGCAUGGUGUCCCAGCUCUGUAAAAUUAUCAGCGUGAAUAUGAGCAACGGUGUAGCACAGCCUUUACUUUUGUGUGUGCUGACUGUGGUGCUUAACACAGCAGAGACCUCGGAUUUUUUCAAGAAUUGCCCAGUUGCCUUCUGUCCACUCCUUCUCCCUCGCCCUCUGCCUAGCACAAUCCUGUGUAUUCUGUUCUGGUGCCGCUUUAUUAGGGCACGGAGAGCUGAAUGAGGAAUAGGUUGUAAACUCCUUUGUGUGACAGAACAACAGUCCUUUUCACUUUUAGAACACCCUGUAUCCUACAGCUUUGCAAUUGCGGAUGAAUUGCCUUCCCACAACUGUUGUGUAGCGAGGAGCGGAUUUGGGAGCGGGGCUGGUGCAGGGCAGGCAGUGCUCUGAAAGCUCACCCGCUGGCUUCAGCGGUGUGGGGGGAAGCAAGGGAGAAGACUUUGCAGGACAAAAGGAAACGAAAAGAACCGCUCCCCGCUUGCCUUUUGAUGCCUGCUUUCCCUAGCACGUCCCCAGGUACCCACCGUGGAGGUCUUGCCAACAACACAACAUUGGUAGAAGCACACUAGAUGGUUAUCUGGGGAGAGUUAACGAACUCAGUCUGUGGGGCUGGAGUUACGUAGCGUUGUAGGCCUUUUACAUCACCAUGCGAUGUUCUAGAAUUGUCUUGCUUAUGUUUUAAGUCAGGAUUUGGACAAAUGGUCUUCAAUAACGGUUUUCCUUUCCCAAGUAGUUUAAUUUGAAAACAGGGCUAUAAAUCGGUUUGUCCGGAUUCCUGCUGAAUUAGGGUUACUUUUCUUUGGCAAAGUAUUGCUUCGGUCUGUCUUUUCUUACUUUCUAUAAUCGAUGGAGGGAGAGGGUGGUAAGAACAGGAGCAGAUUGCCUUCACUAAGCACGAAAAGUUCUGAGUUCUCAUUUUCUGGAGUUUAAAAGGAUCGAUGAGUAAACAGUAAGGGCUGAGAAAUUUAUAACUAGUGUUGUGUUCCAGUGUUUUAAUUAAAAGCUAAAAUGUCCGGGCAAGGAUUCUGUUGUGCAAACACUGCCAAAUUUGGGUUUAUAGGCACUUAAAUAUACCUUUUCUGCACUGCUGGAUUCACUGUAGAAACAUGUGAAACGCGUAGAACUGGUUAGCAACAAAAUUGAAUUGUCUUACUGAAUUCUACUUCCUAAACAUUGUAUUAAAAAAAGAAAAAGGUAUCUUUAGUUCUUUAGGGAACAUGGGGGGAAGGGCCUAAUUUUUUAAAGGAUCUGUCACAAACCCAUUAAGAUUCAUGUGUUAUUUAUCGAUUUCUGUAUAUGCGACUGAAAGUGUUUCAGCAACGAGGUCAAGUGUUAAGAGCUGUCCUAACAGAUGGAGAAGCAGUGGAAAGCUCUGCCCAGGACCAGCUGACUACUCAAGUCAGUAAAAACUUGGCCCUGAAAGGAAAAUUUCUAAUUCCUGUUCCAAUGGCCCAGGCAAUAGGCCAUGCAUCUUGCAGGAAAGCAUCUUCGUACCUUUUGCACGUCGGUUUGAUGUGUAGCAGUGCCUCUUUGGUGUCUGGACCUUUUAAUCUGGACCUUUUUUUUGUAAGUGCCUCUCAGAAACAAGCAAGAAGCCAAAGGAAGAUCUUUUUAGAAGGUUUUGUUCUAAUAUAAAUAAUUUCUGUUUUGCCCAGUGGUUUCCGGUACCGAUGUAUGCCUUGGUGGUUGUUGGGGUUUUUAUUUUUCCACACUGCUUACUGCUUGCUAACAUCUUAAUAGACAACAGAAACGAUCGUUGCUUGAGAUCGGUAUAAAAACCCAACCAGACAGGAAAACGAUUUUACUGUGCAGAUGUGUUUGUUUUUUCAGACCUUGCUCUUGUGGCGCAUAAGGUGCUUAAAAAAGCGAAACAAAACCAAAAGAAACGAACCUUGAUUUGGCCCUGUAAAACAAACUGAUUCAAAAGCCCCAUCUAAACAUGCUCAUUGCUGGGAUAGGCAGUGCGGAAAGAAUGGUUGCCUGUAAAAUUGAUUGUGCCCAGCUUGCACUAGCUGAAAUAAUUCUCAUUUUUAAAACAACUGAAAGGGAAACGCCAACUUGAGCGAAGCAGUUUCCAAGACACAUAUUAAGCAAAGUUAAGUGUCAUUCAUGCAGACCGAUAAAAACUUGAGUCUUUCAAAUAUGAAUCAGAAAAGCCUUGUCUUUAUUCGGAUGAACUGUGGUUCACUGGUGUCUUUGUCAGGAAUGAUCUGUUUUGAAAACGAAGGCACCAAGUUUUCCCUUCUGCAGUGCCUACUUUGACUUUGUACUCUUUGUGUGACUCCGGGCCAACUGUACUUAUUUCCCUGUCUUCCACAUGUUGUUUCUCAUUCCUAUAACUUUUAAUUUGUGGUCGCGGGACUCAAAACCAUAUGAAGUUUAACGGUGUAUGUUAUAUAUUGAUGACAGUGCACUAUGGGUCCACAUAGCUGGAAAUUUUUACUGCAAUAGAUUUUGAAAGCAUGAGGGCAGACUAUAGUUCAGAAACCAGUCAACAAUAUCAAAACAGCUUUUUUUUUUUUUUUUUUUUUUUUAAAUGCUUGCAGUCACACAGCAGUCUUUAAGACACAGGGUUCUGAUUACUGUAAAGCUGCAGUAUUACCGUGUUUAUGUAAAGACUGAAGAAACUGCGGGGAGGUUUUCUCCAUAUCAGUAACUACUGCAGUAUUGCAAAAGUUUGAAAUAAAAGUUUGACAUUGCUUGUGUAGUA